CUGCUCCGGCCGGCGAUGGGAAGACCCCACCCGUGCAUAUUUAAAAUAGAGGAGGGGAGGGGGGGGGAUGGGUCGCUUUUGACUCCUCUUUGUUACGAACCGAGCUUGGUUACGAGACACCUUCGGGACGAUGGCGCAACUGCGACUUCGACUGUUCCUGGGUCACCUCCGAGGCGUAUCGACACGGACAAAGCCGAAAUCCUGUUGCUGAAGGCACAUCCCAUCGUGGCCUCUCAUCUAAGUUCAGCCAGGUACACGCUGGACAAUGGGAUUCUGACACCAGAGCAGAGAGCCUUCUAUGAAGACAACGGUUUUAUUGCCAUCAAGGGUCUGGUGGCAGAUGAAGAUCUGGAGCGAUACAGGGAUCGUUUCGAGAGAAUUUGCCGGCGGGAGGUUACCGUCCCAGGAAUAAUGAUCAUGCGAGACAUAGCCAUCGCCAAGUCCAAGAUCGCCGCUCAAGAUCAGAGUUCUGUCACUAAGGUUCAGGACUUUCAACAGGACCCCAUCCUCUUUAUGUACUGCCAGCUUCCUGAGAUCCUGCAGUACGUGGAGUGCUUCGCGGGCCCGGACAUCACGGCCAUUCACAGCAUGCUCAUCAACAAGCCGCCCGACACUGGUCGGUCUCUCCGUGUCGCUGCAGGCCUGAAGACCUCGCGCCAUCCGCUGCACCAGGAUCUGCACUUCUUCCCGUUCGAGCCUGCGGACCGCAUCGUGUGCGCCUGGACCGCCAUGCAGCACAUCGACCGAGAGAACGGCACCCUGGUGGUCCUCCCCGGCACGCACAAGGGAGACCUCAAGCCUCACGCGUACCCAGAGUGGGAGGUGAGAGAGGGAGGUGUGAACAAGCUGUAUCAUGCGGUGCGUGACUUUGAUCCAGCGACCCCACGCUUGCACCUGACGAUGGAAAAGGGCGACACCGUGUUCUUUCACCCUUUGCUUAUCCAUGGCUCCGGAAUGAAUCGCACCGACGGUUUCCGCAAGGCCAUCUCCUGUCACUUUGUGAGCGGCCAAUGUCAUUACAUUGAUGUGAAGGGCACAAGUCGGGAGAACACCGAGGAGGAGAUCAUUGGAAUGUAUCGCCAUAACUUUGACAAAGAUGCUAAGCCCUCACUCAUUGACGUGUGGCACUGGAAGGCAAGGUUGGUAAAGGGGAGGACACUGCAACUGUGACGCUACGAGCAGCCCCUUCGUGCGUUGGCUUCUUUUUUUCAACGGUUUCACUUCACUUGAUUCCUGUUUGUCUGGGUCAAAUCUUGUAAGCAAAAUUUCGUCCACUUCUCGUUGUCCAAUCAAUUUCACAUUUUACACACGUACUCGGAUCCGGUGACAAUGCAUGCCUGUAUCAAAAUCGGCAUCAAUUAAUCAAUUAAUUCGCUACUUUAAAGCUAUUUAAAUUUUGUAUGGACACCUUAUUACGUAUAUUUGUGAAGGUCAAAAACGCCGCGGUCCCUAAACUGUGAAAUCGGCUCGCACAAAAAGCAGGCGCCACUGAUGUACUUCUCGACCGUGAGUUAAACGAAGUUGUUAAUAAAACCGUUGUUUUGUUUAGUUUUUUUUACCUUACCUUUAAUCCAUACCACUAUCCCACAGCCCAGCAAAGCAGCCAAGGUCAUUGCCCACAUUUAUGAACAUCUUGUGGUUUAUACACAUGCCGAUAUCUUCCUUCCUUGGCAGCUUAAUAUAUUCGUCAAAAUUCGGGGAUGGAGGUUAAUUCACUAAUUGUUUCUUGCCACUGUGGUGCAUGUGUGUGAACUAGUGUGAACAUGCUACACCUUAUAUCAGGGGUGGGAAUCCUAUGGCUCUCGUGCUGUAUCUAGCAUCCAGCCAUGAGCCCUACUGCUUUGAGUCAUCAUGCAAACAAGAAGAAUCCUGCACUGAAAGUCUUUUGACACUUACUGGGUACUAAAAGGGGCAUACAAUCGGACCUGGCAAUUUGCGUUUCUAACUGUAGUGCACUCGGUCACCUGUUGUCUCCAAAUUAGUUAUGAGAAUGCAUUCAGUCCGAGCAUGAUCGAGAGUUUCUAUAUCAACUAAUGAGCCGUCUGCCUAUGGUAUUUGAAAGUCUUAUUCAGCUUCCACGAAUUAAAAUGUUCCCCACCCAUGCAUGAGAAACGUGAUGGGGGGGGGCAUGUGUGCCCCCAUCAUAUAGCUUUGUACACUUUUCCUUGAUGGGGAUUGCAUGUUAGCCACUGAUGUGACCCAAUUGCAUACGACACGAAUACAAAAAAUAUUCUGACAUGAACAAUUCCGUAUACAUGAGCAUAAAUAGUUUAAAUCGACAAAUAAAUGCACUGUUACAUCUCUAGUAGCUAUGAUUACACUUUGAUAGAUUUUAAUUGUCCAAACAAUGCCUGCCUAAUCACCAUAUGACAGCUGAAAUCAUAAGCACAUUUAAGCAUGUUAUUUUGAAUGCAUAUCACCGUAAGCUGCAACUGAAGUGAUUCAACUGAAUUGAUUUCUUUUUGACAUUGUGAAUGAUGUGAACCUAUUGCAUAAAACAUUAAUGGAAAUACAUUCGACUUAUUGUAUGUUGUGAGCUGAAAUAUAAAUGGACAAUUGCUGAAUGGAUGCA